UGCAGGCCAUGGUAACUUUUGGAUUCGGAGUCACUUCAGUUUUAUGCUUCGCACGGGACUGAACCUUUGACUGAACGUCUAUUUGUUACAGUUUCAUAAUUGUCUCGGCCAACAGAGUGCUUUAAUGAUUUUGCUCGGAAUAUGUUUUAAUCAGAUCAGAGCCCCGUCGCAUCGAAUUACUGCGUGAAUAAGUGAUUAAAAAUGCAUUUAUAGGCGUACAUAUGUGGCAUGUUUGUGGCGAACAUAAAAAUAUGAGUUUCGAUUGAAAGAAACCCACACCUUGAACGAAGUAUUUUUUUCAAAUUAUCUUAAGUUUUUGACCUGUACAGUUUUGCAAACAUGAUGCGUUACCUGCUAAUACUCUGCGCCUUAAGAAGUGCUACUUGCGGAGAUGUUGAGUUACUUACCCAAACUGUUUAUGGAUUCCUGGAUUUUACAACUACCAUUGGCAAUACUGUUAUGGUUUUUUCACCACAAAGCUCUCCAACCUUCGAACUAAAAUCCAACAAUACUCACGAGAUUAUAAAUAUUAUUGAAACUAAACCGAAAGUUACUAAAAAAGAAAAGGAAAAGGUUGGAAUCAAGCCAACGCCUUUAAUUGUGACUCACUCGAAUGUCCAUGUCGAAACUAAAACAUCCGAGAUAGAAUCUUACAACAGUAGCCUUUCGAUCUCGCCCAUUGAAACUCUUUUAAAUACUCCCGAAUAUGACCUUCUGUCCCGGCAACCCGAGCAGUUUGCGGAGGAAACCUAUCGCCUGGUUAACUUCAAAUCGAAAAGCGAUGCCGAUCGCCAAAGGAUAUAUCAGUCUAAAAAAGAAACUAUUAAUGGGUAUCAACCGAGAUCCAGUGAAUUUAAGAGCAUUAUCACGGCGACGAAGGAUACGGGUAAAUUCUCCAAGGUUUCUCAGGUGCACCCUGUGUCGAGUGCGGAAAAGAAGAGUAAGCCCCGGCAGACGCGAAUAAAUAAGCCAUUGGCGGCCUCAAUUCAACCAAGUAGAACCCUGAAGGAGUCUACCUCUCAGACCCAGCUAUCCACUAAGCCUCCUCGCAAAAGCCAAAGUGGUCGCGACAACAGGGGAUCAUCGAGCAGCAGAAAAUCUUCCCGACCCAAAGGAAAAAGGAGGAAUAAGCACACCCAAAGUUCCAAACUGACCAUCACUCCAUCAGUAACAGAAACUACCUCUCGUCAUUCAUAUCGAACGAAGGCAAUUGCAAAUGCUGUACAGGAGGAACCAGUGUCGGUCGUCAGUCCCAACUCUUUUAAACUGAAUAGGCGCCCUGGAAGGUGGCAGUACAAGUCCUCGCCAAAGCCCAAAGUUAACAUAAGAAAGAACGCCAGUCCGAAUGUCCCGACGACCGUACAAAACGUAACAGCUCCAAUUGAUGAUAUCCCAGUGGAAAUCAUUACCAAUCAGGCUAUUAACAAUGGAAGGGAUUUAGAGGCUUCCGGUUCCCAAAACGGUCCUGUUGCGAAUAAUAAUAACGACGAUCCUAACUCAAAAUACUUUGUGCAAACACUUAACGUUGAAAUAUCAACACCGCAGCCAUUUAUUGACACUUAUUAUGAAAUUGCCACCAUUAAAACUCCGUUUAUAUUCCAGGCCGGAGUGGUUAAGAAAACACGUUUCUUGACUGUAACAUCAACCAUAGAAAAAGUUAUUCAAGAAGAACACACUAAAGAAUACUCUGAAGACGAUGGUCCUUUAACGGAGAAUAUUUUGGAGGCUACUGCCAGCACCGAGGAUAAAACUUUGUCGGGAAGUGUUACAACUUUAAAAACCAUUUAUCUGGGAGAGGAGACGGAAACUCCCAACUUGGAGACAAUAACAGAGUCCUUUUCUAUAACCCAGACUAAACUGAAAACCCAAAUCCUGCCUAUUGUGUUUGAAAAACGAAAUGAAACUAUCCAAGUGACGCUUGUUCAGACUUACGAUUAUACCAGCUUGAUCACAGUAACGCAGACCAUAUCCCCGUUAAGCGAAGAUUUUAGUCCGUCAAAGAACUUUAAGGACUUUGAAGGAAGUUUGGACGAGGCUGGUUCGGAGAUAAACUUGGACCUUGAGUUCGGGGACGAAGAUAAUACUGGAAAAUUUGACGCAAAAAUCAAACCAAAAAAUAAAGUGGACAUUAAAAGUAAUGUAACCAACCCACUAAUACCGGAUUUGGUUAGCUUCCCAGAAACCCAGCAAAACAACUUGAUAACAUCAACGCGACCUGUCAUAAAACUUGAAACCCUUUGGGAAUCCCAUGUGGUUCCCCUGGUAAGAGGAACCGAGACCAUCAUGAGGACUCUUUCGAAAUCAAUUGGCGUUGUUGAAAAAACCGAAUACGUUACUGAUGUGGCUACAAUAUCCAUGCCAGUUCCAUCAUCGCAAUAUCCAUUCUCUAUUAGUCCAUUCAAUCCGUUUAAUCCAAUUUUAGCCAUUCCUCCACAGCAGCUUAUUACAUCUACUGAAGUCCAGCAAUCCAUGGUUACCGAAACGAGUUCCAAAGUUUUGAAACUGACUUUUGGCGCAAGAACCGCUUAUACCACAAUAUUUUCGACUUCCGUUGUUCCAACAGCUGUUACAAAGCUCAUAACAGCUACGAUUCCCAUUCCGGGCCAACCUGGUCAAUCUUUCCCGAACUACUAUCCGCCACCAUACAAUCCCUUUGCCUAUGUUGGUUAAUUUUUAAAUCCAUUCAGCGCACCCAAUCUACCAUUACUUCCCCUAAUUAGGAAUCCUGUAUUAUAAUUAAGUCCAUGUGCAAAUAUCGAAAGGCGGUGAUACAAAAAGAAUAGAUUUUAUUAGUUUUUAUAUGCAAUUUGUCGCAAAAGUUGUUGAUGUAAAUAAUAAAUUAAGCAUAAAUUAAGAUUACAUCGAUUUUUUUGGAUUGUAAGCUAAGAAAAAAUGGUUGUAGUUUGGUCUAACUGCUGUUAAUAAAGUUUUGAACCCUUCCUUUUCUGGAGUUAAUUAUA